AGAAGCAGCCAUGAAGUUGUUUUGGUUCCUUGUGUUUGGUGCUACCAUGUUCCACUGUGGUGUAUGUGACAACACUGGGAAUGACGACCAACUCUUCUAUGUGGACAUUGAGGCACCUGGAGCUGACCAGGACAUCGGGGUCACCAUGGCGACUAUAAACAAUACCUUGUAUAGUGCAGAGGGCAUCACAGUUGAACAAGCUUUCAAAGUCGUUGGCGAACCACGGGUUAUAACCAUUCUCAAAUUCCAAGCUCUCUGCGACUGGCGACCGUUGGAAGUUGUCCUGUUAGCUGCCAGUCUCACGAUGAAUGUGAAGUCCCUAUAUGGCGAGAUGAAUCUGGCAGCCGAUCUGAACAUCAACAAAGACCUUCUUGCACGGGCUCCAGAGCCAGAUAUUAUUCGUGGGGAAUUCUUGUAUCUCGUGGAUGUCCGAAUCACCAUGCGAGGACAAACUACUUCCUUGUACAAAGAGGAAGUGCAGAACCUCAUUGAAUACUGUUUAAAACGUCGAGCUAUUGGCAUACGUUAUGUCAACUACAACGUACUGGGAGAAUUUCCAACCCAGAUGCUGUAUUUUGUUGUACACCGUCCGAAAGACAGUGAGAUGGCCAGGUGGCGAUACAAAGACGAGAUGACUGAGAUGACGAUCUCCCUGAGCCGGAUUGAACGUCUGGAUGACUACCUCAGUGACAGUUACUGCAACUAAAAUAGGCUCGUUUAACCUUUGACUGAAUAAAGUUACGUGUCCUCCACCUU